AUGGAUAACCCCUUUGUCUCCAACGAAACCAGCAGCUGGCUACUCUAUAUCUUGACCGAUUCAGCAUUACCAACGGGUGGCUUCGUAGCAUCGUCAGGCCUUGAGGCCAUGCACCAAGCUGGAUUGCUCAAUGGUGACAACCUGGCGGAUUUCGUAAUCAGUGCCAACAUGUCGUAUGCUUCCAACUCGACUUGUUUUGUACGUGCUGGAUAUGAAGCCAUGGACGACAAGGAUCCUUUAUCAAGGCUCAAGGAAUGUGAUUCUAUAUGCGAGGCUGUCAUGGUAGCGAAUGCGGUGGGACGGCGUGCAUCAUUGGCCCAGGGCGUUGCUAUGAUUAUCCUCUAUCUCAAAUGUUUCACUGAGACGACCAAAACCAAUGAUCUUGAUAUCAGCGUAAUGAAGAAGUGGAAGACUCUCAUUCGUGCAGAAGAAGUGGAAGGUCAUUUUCCUGUAUGCUUUGGUCUCGUGUGUCGUUAUCUUCAAGUGGAUCUGGAAAAUACAUUGCAUUUAUGGUUGUACCUCUUUACUCGGACGUUGUAUUCAUCUGCCGUACGCAUGAACAUUGUGGGCCCUUACGAAGCUCAGCGAUUACUACUACGAUCCCGCCAACCAAUCGAACGGAUCAUCAAAGAAACAAAGGACAUCAGCAUGGAUGAUUGUUGUCAAACUAAUCCAUUACUCGACGUAUGUCAAGGCAUGCACGAUCGCUUGUAUACCCGAUUAUUCAAUAGCUAG